ACGGUCGGGAGCUCCCGUCCGAGGCAUCAGAGAGGAGCGGGGAACGCAUCCUCCCGAGCCCCGCAGCGGGGAGAGUGCGGGGUCCUAACUCCGGACUGCCGGGAGCUCCGGGACAUCCGACGGGAGGGAGCUGCCAGCCAUCCCGGGAGCGGGGCGGGCUGAUCCGGGCUCGGGAGAUCCGUUCCUGCGAGUGCAGAGGAGAGUUGGGACACCAUUCGUGAGGGAGCUGCCACUGAAGUGCUGGGGCUUGGGAGUGAUGUGUCUCCGGGAACCGGAGCCAUCCGUCUGGAACAACCCGUGCAGGGAUCACGGGCAUCGGCCAGCGCUGACCAGGGAGCAGCCUGGAGCUCCCAGUGCUGGCCAGGGUGAAGCUGGAGCUCCCAGUGCUGGCCAGGGAGCAGCCUGGAGCUCCCAGUGCUGGCCAGGGUGAAGCUGGAGCUCCCAGUUCUGAUCAGGGAGCAGCCUGGAGCUCCCAGUGCCAGCCAGGGAGCAGCCUAGAACUGCCAGUGCUGGUCAGGGAAGAGCCUGGAGCUCCCAGUGCUGAUCAGGGAACAGCCUGGAGCCUGCUUAGGAGCGUGGCAGCACUGGGGGUCGUGGGGCCAGCACUGUGGUGUUUGGGCCGUAUAGCUUGCCUGUUUGCUAGGAGGCAGGGGCCAGGGACUCCCCUGAGCAGGAAAAAUGGAGCCUUGGUUGAGUGGUGGGAGGGGGAGAAAAGAUGGAACUGAGGGAGCCCUUUUGCUUCUGCACUGCAGACUCUGCCCAGCCAUACUCUAAACAUUGUGCUGCAGUGAGAGGGAUCUUUUUGGACACCUGGAUAUUUCCUUGGGGAGCUCUCAGGUGCAUUAUCAUGUGCUGCACCGUGCAGCAGGCAGGACUGAGCCUCACCACCCCACCCAGGUGCACCCCCCAAGACCUCCCUGACCUCCUUGCAUGAGGUGGAACACCCACGGGUGGGAGAUAGCUGGAGGCCAGGGUGGGGCUGUGGUGAUGGAGAAGAGGCAAGGGCUGCAGAUGCACCCUAGGGAGGAGAGAUCCCUGCCUUGGUCCCAGGAUGGGGAAUUAGGAAAUACAACACCUAGGAAAGACCUGGGCUCAGGUGCCUGGGUCAGGAUGUCUGAGUGGGUUUUGGUGGAAUGGGAAUUGAUGGGGAAUGACUGUUCCCUGCUUCUUUUAGAGCAAGAUACAGGGAGAACAAGAUAAAAUAGGUGGGUCUAAAACAAGAACAAGAUUUUUUUUGGUGGGAAAUGUAGCAGAGCUGUAGGACUUCUUGUUGCUGAGGUCAUGGGUCCUAAAUCUCCGUAUAGGAUCCAAGCACCUUUAGACAAAAUCAUGUUAGAAGAGCACAGGGAUAACUGCAAAGGCACAUCCUCUGCUUUGGAGAGAGACUAUGCUGCAAGGAGUGGCAUCAGGAGCAGGGAUGUGCAGGGGAUGUGCAGGGAAUGCUGCUCAGAGGAGGCAGUGGGGUGCCUAGGGAAGUGCAGGGCUGCUCUGCAGGGUGGCUGGGUCCCAGCAGUCAGAUCCUCGUUGCCCAAAGGUCCAGAUUCCCUCUCCUCUCAUGCCCUCUGGCCAGACCCGAAGGAGCACGUCCUUGUGUUUCACCAUGGGUGUGUCGAGUGUGCCAGGCUCCAGCAUGUGCACAGCCUGGCACAGGGGCACCACUGGCGCCCACCAAGGAAACUCCUUGGUGAAAGCUGCAGGUACAAUGGCCAUGGCUCAGGGAGGACGUUUUUUCUCCAGAAAUGAGGAACAUCAUUGAUGCCUGAUUCAAAGCCACAGUAGAUCAUGCUCUGUCCCUGUCUCUCCCUCCCCUACAUGUGUCUGUGUCUCUCUGUGGUAUAGUUCAGAUGAGUGUUGCCCCCUGACUUGAGGAGACAUCUGUGCAGGGCACAGUGUCCCUAGAGCAGGGGCUGUGAGACCAGCCCAGUUUCCAGCAGACAUGGCAGUGGGGAAUGAUUGUGUUGGGAUGGAUCUGGGUUCUGCCAAGAUAGGUCCUUCUUGGGGCUGCUGAUAAAAGAACCAGACCAUGUCCUCCCACAAAAGCAAACAUGCAGGUGUUCAUCCUCAGUGGUGCAUGAAUGUGGGUGGGAUGGAUGGGGAGACUGGAUCUCAGAGUGCCACUGCAACCUGUGUUGACCUUUGAGCACUCCUACUCCAUCUCAAGGUGCAGAGGCAUCUUCUCCUCAUAUCUGGGGGUGCAGGAUGGGAUGUUGCAAAGGAGACAACCUUGUUACCACCUUAUGUAUCUCUAAAGCAGGGAAGAUGCAAUGAGGUGCAGCCAGAACCUGGGUGUGGGAGAGGGCGCCGAACAGCGGGUCGGGGGGAUUGGGGCACAUCCUGUCCCUCACCCUGUGCCCUGGGAAGGAGCUUUAACCUCUUGGGGGCCUGGCCUUGCAGGCAGCGGGCAGAUCCAGCUGUGGCAGUUCCUGCUGGAGCUGCUUUCAGACCGGGCCAACCUGAACUGCAUCGCCUGGGAGGGCACCAAUGGGGAGUUCAAGCUGAUCGACCCCGACGAGGUGGCGCGGCGCUGGGGUGAGCGCAAGAGCAAGCCCAACAUGAAUUACGACAAGCUGAGCCGCGCACUGCGCUACUACUACGACAAGAACAUCAUGACCAAGGUGCACGGCAAGCGCUACGCCUACAAGUUCGACUUCCACGGGCUGGCCCAGGUGUGCCAGCCGGCCACCCCCGACCACACCCUGUACAAAUUCCAGGGCAACCUGGCACCGCUGCCCUUCUCGGGCAUCUCCAAACUCAACCUCAUGACCUCGGGAGUGACGCCGGCUGGCUUCUCCUACUGGGCUGGCUCCAGCCCGUCCCUGUACCCGGGGCAUGGGCUCCAGCCCUCAGCCUCGUUCAGCGCUGUGGCGGCCUCCCACCUCAACAACAUGAACAACCAUUACCAUUAGGGGCUCAGCUGUGCCACCUGGAUGCUCCAUGGCCCUGGCAGCAUGGGGCUGCGGAUUUGGGAAUCUCAGCAGGGAGGGGUGGGGGAUGGGAUUGUGCCCUGCUCUCACGUGUCCCCUUUUAUGUUUGAUGUGGUGUGGGGGAUGGGGGGUGCUCGCAGGAAAGUUGGGUUUGUUCUCUGAUGUGGGUGGCUGGAGGAGGGAAGCCAUCUAAAUUUAAGAUGAGGAAGUAUCCAUGAUCCUGGGAAUGGAUGUGGAUACCUAAAGCAGGGUGUGAAUGGAAGGAAAAACCAUGGACUCCUCUCCUGGCAGGGCCCCACCUUUCCUUUGUACCAUGCUGUCCAUGCCAUGAAUGCCCCUAGCUCUGCCUUCAGCCUCUGCCUGCCCUCCCCAUUCCCUGCAGAGAGGAGUCAGGAGCUGGGGCCCCAGGGCAGCUGUGUCCAUGAAUGAGGGUCCCACUGAGCAGGGACAAGGAAAGGGAACCUUCCUUGACCACUUGGUCCCCUCACCUUUGUCUCCAAAGGCUUUGUUUCCUCCAUCCCUCCGAUACCUGCUCCCUGAAGGUGACUUCCUUCAGACCUCAGGAGAGCAGAUGCUUUCUGUGGGUUCACUCAGACCCAGGGCAGGGCUCUGGGGUUGGAGUUGCCAGGGACAAGUGUGGGGCUCACCCUCAGGGCAAGACCAGAGCUUGGAGGCAGCAUAGCCUGGUCUCUGCAGCUCUGCCCUCUCCCCAGUGCCCAAGGAUUACACUACGGACAGUCCCUGACACCCUGCACAUGAGCCAGUGUCCUGCUUAUCACUUCCUAGAGUAAUGUUCCAGUUUUACUCCAGCUUUAGCCUCUCACAUGCAGGGCUUGGUGGGACACCCUCCAUAAGUGGGAACAUCCCCAGGGACAAGGCAGCGUGGGUGGUGGAGCAGAAGAAGGGAUGACAGCAGGCCUGGAAGCCCCAGGCACCAAGGGGCAGCCCUGGAUCUCUCCCCCAGGUUCAAGGAGCUGCCCCCAUCCUCUGGAGCAGGACUUUGGCCCAGUGGAUGCACAAGAGCUGGGCACGCUGAGCUCCACACUGGCUGGGGGGGGGGGGUUGGUGUUCAAUAAAACAGAGAGGUGCUGUCA